AUUUCCAAAGUGAUCGUGUACCAGUAUGGCAUCGAUAUAGCAGUAGCUAAGAUGUUAUGCAAUUAACGUGACACCGACGGAGCAGCGGUGUCUGCUGGUUACGCAAAGGGCUAGUACUUGUUUUGUCAGUAGUGUAUAGCGGUCUCAUACAAGGCGAAAUCGAACUCUCUUCCCCGUUGUUUAAGCUAGAGUUUGAACGUCAUUUCCAAGCAAUGGCUCUGAUGACAUCGGCAAGAAGACUAUUUCAUGUUUCGUUCCGAGAAAAUUCUCUACGACGAACAGAAGCACUCAUUUCAGCAACAAACACAACGUCGGGGAACUUAUCAUUGGCGGGUCAGAGAAUGGCCUGUAUUCGUGUAAGGGAUUUUAGCACUAACACACAACCUCUUAGAGCUGACAAUAAGGUGACGGUCCACUUCAUCAAUCGAGAUGGAGAGAAGAUCUCUGUCAAAGGCUCUCCUGGAGACUCUCUCCUAGAUGUCAUUAUCGACCAGGACCUCGAUUUCGAUGGGUUCGGUGCAUGUGAGGGGACACUGGCCUGUUCUACCUGUCACCUGAUCUUUGAGGAAGACGUGUAUAAUAAGCUGGGCCCCAUUACUGACGAGGAGAUGGAUAUGCUGGACCUGGCCUACGGACUCACAGACACGUCCCGCCUGGGUUGCCAGAUCUGCCUGACCAGGUCCCUGGAAGGCAUGACAGCGAGGGUGCCUGAGAGUGUGGCAGACAUCCGACAGAGUGGAGACGGGUCCUCAUAAUGGCCACCCCAGACCAGAGUAAUUUGCCCAAAUCAAUGCUUUAUUUCAACACUAGCAUGACCAAAUAAUGCCCAAUUCUAAGUGGUAUGCUGGUAUAAAUGUUGAAAUGGAAGACACUGUAUUUAUAGAGAUUAUGAAAUAUUAACAUUUGAAUGAGUCCCCAUCAUCACAGUUUUACAUUCACUCAAUACAGGGAACAAUGGGAAAGUUGGCAAAUAAUUCCUCUGUGCCAAGCAGGUUCUGGAGAAUAGAAGAAAGUUUAGAUGGAAGUCUCCAAUCAGCCCCCCCCAUUCCUUAACGGUUUUGAAGUAGUAUAUACUGAACAGAAAUAUUAAUGCAACAAUCUCAAAGAUUUUACUGAGUUACAGUUGAUAUGAGGAAAUCUGUCAAUUGAAAUAAAUAAAUUAGGCCCUAAU